AUGGGGCUGAACAGCAGGAUGAACGGUGCGUGUCUGCUGCUGUGCGCUCUCGCCUACGUGCCACCGCGCGCUCUCUCGCACCCGCAGCCGUGCCAGGUGCUCAAGAGGAUCGGACACACGGUGCGGCUCGGGGCUCUACACGUGCAGCCGCGGCUCUUCGCCCCCUCUGUUGCUUCUGAGCAGUGGGACGACAGGCAGGUCAAAGCCAGAGCCAGUGCGCCUGGAUCUGCCAAUCUCAGGACUAGAGGCACCAGCAGGAACAAGAACCAAGCGCGCCAACGGGAGGACAACAGCCCGAAGGAGAACCGGGUGUUCUCGCCAAGGGACGCGGUUCUGCUUGCGGUGGAGGCGUUGAACCAGGCCGGGAUUUUGCCCUACAACCUGACCAUGGAGAUGGUUCUGGCGGUGGGGUCUGGACUAGGAGAACUUCCCGCCUUUUCCUUCGCCUCCUCUGACUCCUCUGCAGCCCCGGACUCAGAGGAAGACCCGCUGUCCUUCGUGGAGAGCGUCUGUCACACUGUGGUGGUGCAGGGGGUCCUGGCCAUGAUCGCCUUCCCGCGCAACAGGGACGAGUUUGUUAAAUUGGAGUUCGUUUCGAGCGCGCUGCAGGUGCCCGUGGUCAGCGUAGUGCAGCGGGAGUUCACGCGCAACAGCCAGUAUCCCGCGCAAAGGAGGCCGCACAAUCUGCUCCUGCCCCCUGCUCAGUGA